AUGGUAAGGAGAGGCUAAAACUGUACGAGAAGCAGCUGUGAGUCUACUUCGAAAACAGCGCUACUGUCCAGUGAAUCUUGUAUGAAAUAAAUUUGUUAUUAAGACGUUUCUAGCAUAUGAAUAGUACUUUAAAAUAUGGAAUUUUAAUCAAAUUGUAUCACAUCGUACCUAUUAUUAUUUCAAAGAUAUUGAAAAUCAACUAAAUUUUCCAAAUCAGUUAAAACUAGUCUAAUUAAAACUCGAUUGGAAGGAACCCAGUAUGGCAACGCCCUUUUUGCCGUUUAAAAUGGUGGUGCCAUGCCCCCCCCCCCACGCACUCUCAAACUGGUCAAGGAAUGCCACCACUUGGAAAAUGCCAAAACUGAAACUUUGCCAAACCGAGUUCAUGUUGUAUUGGGCUUUUCAGGAAAAGUCUAUUAUUUAUUUGAUUUGUAUUUCUAAUCAAAACUGCGAAUCUGCAAAUUGCAUUAGGCAGAUGACUUGCCGGUUAUUAGUAGGCAAAAAUCGUGUCUAAAUUAUAUCAUUUUAGUUAGAAGAUCAAAUAACACUGGAACAACUCAAUAAAAUGAGGAGAGCGUUUGAGGUUAGUACCAUACGCAUAUUAACGUUUUCACACCAAAAGCAGGGCCUUUAUUAACAUAUAAGCCAGGGGUAGGUCUCCCCCUUCCAUACAGUAAACUGUGUUGGUCCCUUAACGAAAAUUCCCUUUGUCUAAAAUAUAAGAAAAGGCGUUAGUUCAGAUUAGAGUGUUUUAAUAUCCCCAUAACCAAAUAUGCUUUGAUGCUGAACGUUCAGUUUACCUGAAUAGGGUCUAUCAAAAUGUUUGAAAAAUGAAGGAAAUCAAACCCCAAAUGCCCCGAAAAUGCUCCUGGAGUAUACUCUAGGUCCUCACCCCUACCGGUUCCCAUUUUCCACGUUCGCCGCCCCCAAUAGGUAGUCCUCUUUUCCUUGAUACCUCCUUCCCACAGUAUAUGAUUAGCACCAAAUAUUAACUUUUAACUUCAUGUCAAUGGAAAACAUCAAUAAAGAAAGUACAAUAGCUACAGUAACUUGUGCUCGUUUUCAUUUUCAUUUUCUAUUAGGAAGGCGAUGUUGACAAUAGUGGAACACUUGAUGUUGAUGAAUUUAAAUCUGUUUUCAAACAGUUUUUUGGCUUAAAGGGAAAGGUGCGCUCUUUGUUUGUUGAUUUUUUUAAUUAUCUCAAUUUAACUGACAGCCUGACAUGUCAUAAAAGUGUACGAAUAUACAACAAAAUAGUUUUGAAAUGAGUAACUAGUUAUGAGUAACAAAGUAGUUAACUAUAAAAGUGAGUUAAUCAUGCAUGUUUUUAAUUUUUCUAUUGUCAGAGCGAAGAUCAAGUUACGGAAUUGUUUAUGAAGAUAGAUUCCUCUUCUGAUGGUGAAAUCAACUGGGUAUGGAUGUCUAAUAUACAACACAGUGCGAUACAAAUCACAGUAAAAUCCCACCAAUGAGAAUUGUAAAAAUUUAAUCAUGAUAACUUGCAAUCAAUGGUUUCUAUCUGAGCUGACGAAGAGCUUUCGCUUGAAACAUCGAAGUACUUUUGAUUUUUAUACUUUGAUAUUUUCAAAUUCUACCUGCACUGAAAUCCACAUUAGUUCAAAAUAUCAUGUACAGUACAGUAGCUGAACUAUACACUAAACAGUUCCUCGUAUUUCUGUAUCUUUAGGAUGAGUUUUGUACUUACAUGCAGUUAGAAUAUGCCGAGAAAGAGGAAUCCUACCUUCGAUCUAAAGAGGUCAGUUCCACAAUUAGCAUAAAAGGGUAGUCCAUGCAUCAUAUCUAUAUAGAUAUUUCUGGUACAGUACUUCUUAUGUUGCCAUGUCCUGUGUAGUUGCCAUAGGCUGGUUACCAUAAUUAUCUAGCUCUCUGAAGAAGAAAAAUUUGCAACCCUGUUUCCAGUUGCCCAACUACACUACCUCGUGCCUAUGAAUACUGCUAGGCAGGCAAGCAAAGAGGACUCGUCUGCCUGUUUUCAUUUUGUAUUUUGUAAUUUUCCCUGCUUUUGUUUCUACAGACUGCAUUUCACAUCCCAGCAACAACUGAGAACUCUCCACAUCGUGAGCAAGUCUUGACGAUAUGUCACACUUCAGACAACACGUCUUUAUGUGUCAGUCAGGUAAGAACAUGGACAUUUUGACCAUCAUUUACCAUGGACCAGGUUAUUGUAUAGUUGUAAUAGUAAUGAUAUGUCAUAGUUAACAAUUACUCACCGACACUGAGGUGAAUAAUUGUUUUAACACAUACCAAACAAAGAUGACCACUGCAAAACAAAAAUGACCAAAAAACAUCGAAAAUAUUUUAAAAACAAUUUGUAUUUCAGCUCCCGUAAUAGUUGUAAACACUAAACAGUAUUUACACGCUUUUAGUAAUUUUAUUCAUUAGAAAUAGCUUUUAAAGAAACUUCUACCAAUUGUUAAACAAAACUUUGUGGCUUUCUUUGUGUUUGGCGAAACCGCAGCUUCGUUUGUUUUUGUCCGGAGGUGAAUAGUGCAAGGAUAUCCGGAGCUGAACAACCAAUCAAAUUGCAUGAAAAAUACAAUCCAUCUCCCAAGUAUAUACUAUUGUGAUUAUUAAUCGGUCCAUGGUAAUUGUGAUUACACUGUAGCUGGUGCUACAGCGACUUUAGUGAUGAUGAUGAUGCAUGAUCUGAUAGUCAUUAGCCCUAUUCACAUUAGAGACGGACAAGUCGUCUAGACGAACAAACCGUCUCUCAAAAAUCGUCUUCACAGACGGACAAGUAGUCGAACAAAUUCAGACGACUUGUUCGUCUAAAAUUUUGUACGACACGUUUUCACAUCUGAUGAUUUGUCCGACUAAAAGACGAUUUUGAGACAAUUUGUUCGUCUAGACGACUUGUCCAUCUUCUAAUAUGAAAACAGCUAUUAUAACAUAGAAAUAGGGUAAAUCUUAUUUUUUAUCUUCAGGAUGGAAUGGUGUCUUUUUGGUCUCCUUCUUUGGAUUUUAAAAGAUCAAAACAUGUACGUGAAUCUUAUGCAGCUAUUCUUACUCAAUUCUAUUCUCCAAUCACAUAUAAAUUCAGUUUACAAAAAUAUAGUUCUUGGUGUAUUUUAGAUCGAAACGUCUUCUAAAAAACCAAAGUGGAUCACAGAUUUCGUCCUAAUGCCUCAAUAUAACAAGCUGAUUAUUUCCACCGGGUAUAACGCUUUCCGUUGGUUGUUUCUUACAUUUGGUUGUAGUGGAUAGUUGUACUCAUCGAUCCUUAAUACUUUCUUCGUAGUGAUCGGGAAAUACAGUUUCACGAACUGUCAACAUUUGAACCUUAUUGUCAAAUAAGUGGCCUGGAGACAACUCCAUUAAAAGUCGAGUAUUGGUAAGACGUUUCAUAAUGAGACAGUACAGUAAAUAUAGGGCAAUCCAGAGACUGCUAGACCUAUAAAAACAUUAUACCAAAGCGUACUUCGUCAUUACAUCUUUAACAUCAUAAUCACCGUCAUCGUUAGACCUAAUUGGUCGGGAUUCCCAGUAUAAUAAAUUCCCUCAUUUUGCAAGGUUCAUGCCCGAACCUAGUUCUUUAGACAUUUUUCCUCCUUAAUCCUUGGGGAGUUUACGGUCAUAUGCAACACAAACUUGUUCAAUCUUUCUCGUAAUUUAACUAACUUAAUUUGUGUUUUAACUAGUUCAACCAGUCAAGAUGAAUGUGUAAUUAUGUAUGGUGAUAGUCAGGUACGUUAAGUAUUCAUAUUAUUUUCCUUUUUUUGUUAAAACACACCAAAAGAUAGGUAAAAACUAGUUAAUAACAUACGUACUGUUCGAGUUCAGAAAAAUUUGGGAUUAUAAUGAAAAACUGGAGCUCUCUUUGCAGAUAAAAACGCCUUGUUUCAAUAGUUUUACCCAGUCACGACUAUUCCACGCGUGGGUUGCGAGGAUGAAGUCUGAUCUCAAAAAAUCGUACUUCUUAAAUUGUACUAACUGUAGGGAGCCACCUUAAGUACUGCCAUAAUUACUUUCUCCAAACUUCACAUGCGCAUGAUUGGUGCAUGAUAUUAUACUGCAGCUGUAUUCAUCAUCAAAUAUGUUCUAAUUUCCUGUGGAUGUAGUGCAGUGAAGAUAUUUUAGUCUGAUAUAUUUUAGUCUGAUAUAUUAUGCAAAACACAAAGAAAAAUCAUAAGCGUGUCGUGGUUAUAUAUGUGAUAAAAAAUCAUGUUAAUUUACGUAAACUUUAGCUUUGAUUUUCUCGGUUUAGACAAAGUUUAUUUUAAAAAUUACUUCGCCAAUGAACUCGUAUAAGAUGAGUCGUUUUUUAAGCCAUUUAAAGCACUUGUAGUCGUGUUUUAUCACAUAUAAAACACUCCGCUACGCGUCGUGUUUCAUAUGUGAUAAAACACUCCUACGCGUGCUUUAAAUAGUGCGUAACGUUUAGCAUGGUUAUGUUAUGUGACUAUUCUCUGUAUUUAUGUCUAAAUUUAUUUGAUAUAACGGGAAAAGAUCAUUGUCCUUGAAGUGCAAAUUUUAAAAUGAUUGAUUUUUUUCUAUAGGGUUGCAUUAGUAUAUUCAUUCUUUCGUCAACUGGGGAAUCACUGAGGUAAUGUAAACUCUGCAGCCGAGUUUCUCGAUUUGAAUUACCGCGUAUACUAGCUAUAUUUCAUCUUUUUAGCCCUCGGCCUCAUUCUGGCCCUGAGACAGCCUACCCCCCCCCCCCCCCAGUCUAAAGCGCUGAAACAAAAUAAUCCCCCACCCUAUAUUUAGCCCCAUCAUUUAUUAAUUGAAUCAUUCUCAAUGUAAAGUUAGGGUAAAAUAUGAAUACAAACGUUCUUUUAUGACGUUCACUAGUAAUGAUGUACUAUUUAAAACACGAGAAGGAGUGUUUUAUCAUAUUUAAAACGCGAGGCGCAGCCGAGCGUUUUAGAUAUGAUAAAACGCGAGUUUGAGUGUUUUGAAUAGCUUAAAAUACGACUACAAAAGAAUACUAAUUAGGAUGAACAAUUAUAUAAUCAUACUAAUUAGGAUGAACAAUUAUAUAAAGAAUACUAAUGAGAUGAGUUUUAUUAUCAGAUAUAAAGUCACUCCACGUGGCAUAUUACGGCUGACAUGAUUUGCCACAAGGUUUAUGAAUUUUUAAUGAGUAUUUUAAGAGUAGGUAACGUUCACUGAUGUGGCUAAAUAAUGGCAAAUUGUAUGAAAAUUUCUCAAAAUGUUCCUCGAGUCAUGGUUCUGUAACUUACUGUAACAUUUUUUUACCAUUUUUGUGUGUGUGUUGGUUUUGUGUUUGUGUGUGUGUUGUAUCACAAACAUCAUUCUUUUACAAGAACGUGAAAAUGUAUUUAGUCCCCAGUCUCUAUUUAACGCCCCACCUCCUCUUUAUAAGCCCCCUCCCCAGUCCAAAACUACUGGGGGGAAAAUAAGCCCUCGGGGGUUAAAUAGAGGAAAUGCGGUAACACCAUUCUUCUAGAAUAUGCAAUACGUUUACAAGACAAGUGCUAACAAAUUCUUGUGUCUAGGCGUGUUGUCAAACCACGCCCGAAAUCUUUAAGACUUUGCACAUUUUGGAAUCUUAACUUUUUUCAUUGUAGAACGUGGAAAAAGAUGCCAAAGGUUGAUGGAAUGGCGAGUGUUAAUGUCGACAGGUUUGUUUCGAAGGAUUAUUACAUGUCUAUGUUACAGUGCAGCUAUGAACUUUGGUUUGGUGUCUUUUUUAUUGUUGUCUUGAACUGUUUUCUUUCUCUCUGUAUAGUGUGAUUAAUUCUGAAAAUAUAAAAUUUGUGAGGUACGUUGUUUGCUAUAUUGUCAACUGCAAUAACUGCAGUGUUCCAGAUCUUUACACAGCUGAUUAUUAGAGACGAAUUUUGACACUACAAGAUUAUUAAUUUUUAGAAAGGUUCAAUGGACCGUUGAAAUCAUGCAUGUUUCUACUAGACCUAAGUUAAUAAUCUUAGUGUCAAAAUGCAUCUCCUAGUCUUAGAUUAAAUUGUCGAUGCUCGCUAAUAGCUAGCUGUAUAGAAAUUUGGAACAUAGCUGCUGCAUUCUUUUCGAUUUAUUUUCAUGUUUAUUUUUAUUCCUGUUUUUAUCUUGAUAUGCAUUCAUUAUAUACUGUACGUGCAGUAUGCAUGCAACUAAAUUAGUUUUGUCUCUCUAAUAUUGCACGACUUUGCUUUUGCAGGUGGAAAGUUCACGAUGACUGGGUUUCACAGGUAGGCAUAGCCGGUUUUUCUUGGUCCAGGAAAAUAGAAAGUUGGUUUCAGAUUUAUACAUGUAGCUAUGUUUUAUAAGGUUAGGUACAGGUCGGGAACACAUUUAUUUAAAAAUAUUAUUUUAUAAAAAAAAUUAAAAACUCAAUAAUUCACGAGAAAAAGACAAAGGAAAUCACUACCGUAUCAGUGGUUUUAUAAGCGGUAAAAAUCAUGUUUAUUUACAUAAGCUUUACCUUUGGCUUUGAUUUCUCGGCUUAGACAAUGUUUAUUUUUAAAAUUACUUCGCUAUUGACCUCAUCAGAUAGGUUUUUAAGGUGUUUUAUAUCUGAUAAGCACUCCUACUCGUGUUUUAAAAAGUACUUAAAAUACUCAUUAAUAAUUCAUAAACCAUGUGGCAAAUCAUGUCAGCCAUAAUAUGUCACGUGGAGUGACUUUAUAUCUGAUAAAGCAUGUGGCAUUAUAUAAUUGUUCAUCCUAAUUAGUAUGAUUAUAUAAUGGUUCAUCCUAAUUAGUAUUCUUUUGUAGUCGUAUUUUAAGUACUAUUUAAAAAACGAGCAGGAUGGUUUUAUUAGGUUUAAAGCCACGAGCGCGCAGCGCGAGUGGCUUUAGACCUAAUAAAACACGACCCGCGAGUUUUUUAAAUGGCUUCAAAAACGUAUGCAUAAUAAGUCAAAUCUUUAUAUAAAAAUCUUUAUAUAAAAAUCUUUAUAUAAAAAUCUUUAUAUAAAAAUCUUAAUAUAGUUUGCAUAACAAUGGUCUUUUGUUAAAGUGUUCUUUAGCUGGUAUAAAGACGUAUGCACGUGACUAAUUUCUUACUCAAGAUUGGAUAAUUGCUUCAUGAAUUAUUAAUGAGUUUUUGAAGCUAUUCAAAACACUCGUUGUCGUGUUUAUAUAUGAUAAAACACUCCUACUCGUGUUUUAAAUAGUAUAUACUGUGUGUGACACAAAAUUAUGGACAAAUGUAUACAAACACAUAGAUUCAAGCUUAAAACUGCCACUGACUCACAACUACUGUAGACAUGAUGGAAAUAUAUACAAAAUGUUAAAAGUGACAUGACACGAAUUUUUUUAUUCAGUCACACCUGAAAGAAUUCUCAGAGCUGUAAAGUAACUUCUUUUGCAGAUUUUCUUAUACGUUUUUCCUUUUUUCAAAUGAUGAUGUUGGAUAAAAACAUACAUUUCCAAAAAUUUGAUAGCUCAUUAUGUAAAGUAUGACGUAAAUUUGUUUGCAGUGCAUAUCAGGAAAAUUGAAUAUCUCACCAAGGAAGAACAUGUGGGAAAAUUUGCAAAAGAAGUUUACAUUUUUGAGAAUUCUUUCAGAUCAGACAACAAAAAAUUCGUGUCAUGUCACCUUUAAACAGAAAUAAUAUUCUGGUAAAAAAGGGAAAUCUUUGCAAAUAUGUCAAUAAAUUGUUUAUGGCCACAGAGACAUUUUUAACAGGUCGGUCGGAAACCUGAAACCAACAUUUUUUGUUUGGGCUUGGUGUUGCCUAGACGGGAUUGUCAUGAUUAUUUUGUCACACACCGUUCUUUCUGUUGACGAUAUUUCCUUUAGUUAAGGUACUAUGAAUCACUUCGCGCUGUCAUCUCAUGUUCCAAUGAUCCAAGUACGGCCUUAGUUAUUGGUGAGUAGAACAUAUGAGUCACGAUUUAGGAACAGUUACUAUUUUUAUGCUUUUAGGGUUAGGAUUAUAUAGGGUUUGGAGUAGUGAAAGGAUUAAGAUUAAAAUUAGGGUUAGGAUUAUAGGGUUAAGUUUAAAAUACAAAAGAAUACAAAAUUACAAAAGUCUAAAAAAUAGCAACUCUUCCUAAAACGUGACAGGUGUACAGUAGAAACACAUCGGCGGGAAUCAGGAAUAGAACUGAAAUGAAUGAAGUGAAAUAGGAAUAGAAUUAUAAUAAAAUUAAUUGAAGAGAAUGAAUUGAAAUAGAAUAGAUUGUACUAGAAUAGCGUAGGAUUGGAUUGGAUGAGAUCGGGAUUACAGAACGACAUGCGAUGUAAUGCAAUAUAUUGAGUGGAACGAGAUAAAAUAGAAUGAGAUAAAAUGAAAUGCGGUUUAUGGGAUAAACGAAAGCAAGAAUAAAACAGAUUGUAACAUGUUUGACUGAAAUUUUUUCCCAUUUUUUUCUAAAAAUGGGAAAAGGAUGGCUGUGUGAAUAUAUAAUUCAAGAUAAUUGGAAGAGCAAGAGUGUAAAUAGGGAAGCGCGUAGCAAUGCGAAUGCAGUUUGUUUGUAGCUUUGCAUUUAUCAAAUUAGGUCAAACUUAUAUUCUCCAUGUAGUUUCCUUGUUUGUAAGCUUAUGUCAAACUCACUUCAGGUCAAACAAUCGGCAGUACAUACAUGGAGUCACCUGGGCGAGAUCAACAUUCAAAUGUUGCUGGUCAAAGAAAAAUAUUUCAUGGCGCAGUUGGAAGAGAUAAUCAACCAAGACGCCGCCAAGAUGCUGAUCAAACUGUUUUCAGAAUUUACAAAGGAGUUAAGACGUUUGACUUUUCACGAGAGAAGAAUGUCAUUGUUACUGGUGGUGAGAGAAUAUUUUCUGUACAAAUUCCUUAAAUGUGAUAGUGAUUUAAAAAUAAAGUCGAAUAAUAGCUUGCUAAAAAAUUGCUAAUUAAUGCCCCAACCGAGAAUCGAGCGCGAGCGCUCUGCAUGGUUUAACGCCAAGACUGUGACCACUGUGAUGCCUGAUUUAGACCUUCAACACAUCCACAUAAAGAAGAACUUAAUAUGUAAUCGAUCGAACUUCUCAAUAGGUAUUCAAUGAUCUCAUUGAUCUGAGGACGUUUAAAUUAAUUAGGGUCCUUGAAGUAACCUUUUACAGACAAACAAACAAACAAACAAACAAACAAACAAACAAACAAACAAACAAACAAACAAACAAACAAACAAACAAACAAACAAACAAACAAACAAACAAACAAACAAACAAACAAACAAACAAACAAACAAACAAACAAACAAACAAACAAACAAACAAACAAACAAACAAACAAACAAACAAACAAACAAACAAACAAACAAACAAACAAACAAACAAACAAACAAACAAACAAACAAACAAACAAACAAACAAACAAACAAACAAACAAACAAACAAACACGACUUGUUUUUUUAUUUCUCUGCCGCCAUUAGCGCUGCCAUUGGCUGUCGAACAAAAAUUUUAAAACAUGUCCCCAUCUUGGAAGCGACACUAACUGGACAUGUCUAGUAUAGAUUUAUUCAAUACUCUUAAUCGAUUGUUGAUGACGAUUAACCAAUUAUUAAUGAACCGAUGGGAGCAGCUCUAAUGAUUUGACUCCAUUUGAGCACAACACAGAUUAUUAUCCCUACAUAUUAUUUAGUAUUCGGGACAAUAUGAAAGGGUAUAUACUGUAUAUUUUUGUUGCUAGUAUAUUCAAUUUUCUCGUCAUUGAUACUGAUUAUAUUUGGUAGGUAUGGAUCGUUUAAUUCGUUUAUGGAAUCCAUAUGUCCCAAGGUGAGUUUCUCGUUGUUGAAGAUAACCAACUGUAUCUGAGUGUGGAAGACAAGCGACCAAGAUAAGCCAUUUUAAAAUAGAAAUGUUCUUCAGUCCAUUUUUGGUUGACAAGCUCUCGGCAAUCCUGUAUAGCAUUGUUAAGUAAUAGAGAGGUUAAAGGCUGGUUUACGCCAUCAACGUUUCUGUGAUCACAGUAGGAAUUUUGCAUAGAUAAGUUAAGAAAUGUUUGAGGGAAUAGAAUUGAUUCAGUGUUUAACACUGAGUCAGUUCCCUCGCACAUUAGUAACGACCAAUGUCUAUAUAUUAUUACUUCUUGAAGGUUAGCGAGCCAAGCCCUCCCUAGCUCAAUAAGAACAAUACACUAAACAUUUAUAUAAUUUUUUUUCAGUAAACCAACUGGAAUUCUUCGUGGUCAUACAGCUCCAAUCUGCUAUCUUUACGUUUCCUCUGAAGACAGCAGGGUUUUCAGUGUCUCUAUGGACAAGACUGUUAAGGUGUGUAGACCAUGGCUUUAAAUUUCACUAAUUCGAACACACUAUUAGCAGGGGAAGCAUGCCACCGUGUCUGUACCAAUCUCUUACGUAAGAAAAACAAUACAAGAAAUCCCUUGGUGCAUACCAGGUGACCAAGAGGCAGAUCAUUUCCUUUUUGAGGAGGUUAGAUUUAUCUUAGCGAAUAGUAUCUUUUGAAAAGGUCAUUUCAUCUCCCGAGGACAUUUUUGCGUCAACCUUCGGAACACUUGACAUCACGUUCGCAAUGCAGAUUUCAGUAAUGUUGACGCAUGCGCAGACGUUUUUCCGCGGUGUUUGCUCAGCCUCGUAUCCUGGCGCUUAAUAAAGAAAAUCGCCCUAAGCACUUCUUUGUAAUACAUAGAUCAGUGGUUAAACUCUGCGAACGAGCGCGGGUGCUUGAGAGGACACCCUCCAAGCUCGCCCAGCUUAACCAUUGAUCUGUAUACAACACUGAAGUGGUUAGCGCGAGUUUCUUUAUUAAGCGCCUGGGUAUGAGUGUACGGUAUACAACCAAUUCAAAAAAGGUUGUCCUUUGCAAGCCUUGAACUCUAAAACUUAAAAACUCUAAGCGCGCAAAGCUUAAUGGGAGAACAAGUUUUAAGGUUUGUAGUUGAAUAUUGCAGCUAUUUGUGAAUGACUUGUUCUCGUAAGGAGAUAUUUACCAUGUCUCUAGGAAAUGGGCCCCAUAUAUGAUUUCUAAACUGAUUUAAUGAUGCUAUCGUUAUGCUUUGCGCACUUAGAGUUUAAGGUUUUGGGUUUAGAGUUUAAGGUUUGCAAAGGACAACCUUUUUUGCAUUAGCUGCACCCAUGUGUUCACAUAAGCUCGGCUCAGGUGUUGACAUGAGCUAACCAGCAUUAAAAAUCUUACGAAACGUCGAAAACAUUACUUCCUUUGUACUAAAUUGGUUUAGGUGUGGGAUCUCAAUGAUCAGAGCGUAUUGUACAGUGUUGGCGGGAAAGCUCACAAAAUAAGAGGAGAUUUGGCAGGUCAGUACACGCUGCAUUCCUUGUUUUAUCGAACAUCAAAAAGUAAAGCCAGGGUGUUUCACUGCCAUUUCUAUGAAAUUUAUAAUUUGUAAACUUCACCCUCUUACCGAAACUACAACAUAUUUUUCAUAAAAUAAUUAAAAUUUCGUUCUCUUUUUUACAGCUGUUCAUUAUAACUUUUUCAACAAGACAGUUGCCAUAGCAACGUCUGACCACGUUGGUUUAUUAACACUGAAGAGUAGGUGAGUUUCUAAGUACCAUGUAAGGUUUGCAGCCCCACUAGAUAUUCAGGUUGGCGAUAAACCCCUGAAACGAAGUGAAUAGAGUAGUUGAGAAAUGACUUGAGGUUGACCAUCGUUGUCACUGGAUUUCUGUGAUAUAAUACUGUGUUACUGGUGUAGUAACUCCAGACGAAAGGCCUUCGCUCGAAACGUCGAAAUUCUCCUUAUAUUUUUCAGGUAGUUGCAUCCCUACCAACGCAAGCUUGUUUACAUUAUUGGCACUACCUACACUAGCACAGACACUUCAAGAUUAUAGUUGAGACAUAACUAUUUUAGUUUCAUACUGUAAUAUAGAUUAACGGAAAGAGAAAAGGAUGUUUAUUUUUCACCAAAUUCAAACUUAGGCAGCUGCGGAUUGAGAGAGAUACACCUACCUGAAAAAAAAUAAGCAAUAAGCAGAACUUCUCGACAUCAGUUUGAGCGAAAGCUCUUCGUCUGCCCUUCCCAACGAAGGGCCUUGGUCGAAGCGUGGAAGUUCUGCUUAUAUUUUUCAGGUAUAGUUUGUAUCUCUCUCAAUAGGCAAUUCCAGCUUUUAAUUUAUGCACGCAGGGAGUGACGGGAAGUAAGGUAUCAUAUUGGUGAUUAAGCUGAAAUUUUUCAAUAAAAACUGCCGAAACAACCGAAAUAUUGCAAUAUUUACAAGUAUAAGCUAUUACUCCGUGUUUACACGGCCACCAGUUUUAUUUUUUCAGCAUAAUCAGCAUUAUGACACCUUACAUCCCAUCCCCCUGCACGCAUAAACUAAAAGCUGGAAUUGCCUAUCGCAGCUCUCUUGUUAUUCUCGCCAGCUACACUAGCACCGACCGUUCGAGAUUUAAAUUCAAGCUUAUUAAGUUACUAUAUUUGCCAUUAUCCAUAAAAUAUUUAAUAAAUUUGAUCAAACAAAUAUAUUUCUGUCUUUAUUAGAUUGACGUCAUCUGACUUAACUAUGACACACAAAGAACCUGUUUACUGUGUAAAAUUUAACAGAAGUUUUAAACAUGUGGUGACCGCAUCCGAAGGAUCAGUAAGUGAUUGUUUUUUAAUACACAAAUGUUGGAAAUACAAAAAGCAUAUCAUAUGAACUACAGUAUUUAACUAUUUAUAGCGGACAUUCAUUGACGUAAACAUUUUCACUGUAAACAGAAAUUAUAAUAAAAAUUCAACCAGAAUUUUGCUUCUAUGUAGCACGAUUUUCUAUUGUUUUGCAAAAAAAUUCUCGAUUUCUAGACCUGUACUUCCAAACAAUAAUGAACGCCCUAUCCUGCAUCAUUCAUUCAUAUUUGAAACAUCUAUUUUAGGUAAUCAAAGUGUGGGACAUUGAAACAGGGAAUCAAGUAUUUGAGUUUAGUGAAGCUCAUGGUAGUAGCGGUGUCACAUGUGUAGCGUUUGAUUCAAGUGAGAGAAGGUGAGGUGUUAUAUAACUAUACAGCUCAGGUUUUCAAAACAAACCUUUCUUUCUUCCUUCCUUCCUUCCUUCCUUCCUUCCUUCCUUCCUUUCUUCCUUUCUUUCUUUCUUUCUUUCUUUCUUUAAGAGACUUUUAAAGACCUUAAAAUCUUCCACGUCCUGCUUCGAACAAUAACUCUUUUUGGCCAAUUAGGAAUUCAAGAAACUGCUAUAAUGAUAAUGGCUAAAAGGGAUGGACGAGAGGUUUUCAAGUUAAACUCAUGGUUAAUGUUAGGGUUAGCAUGUGGGUUAGGUUUAAGGUAAAGUUUAGGGUAUAAGGAUUUGCAUUGUUUUAAGUACCUGUUUGUUGAUUCUUCCACGUUCUAACGAUAUAUAAUGCUAUUGUUAACGAUAUAUAAUGCUAUUGUUAACGAUAUAUAAUGCUAUUGUUAACGGUAUAUAAUGCUAUUGUUCGCCCAUACUUUGAUUACUGCUGUGAAGUAUGGAACGUGUUUGGUGAAAAGCAAUCAAAACGACUCCAAAAACUACAAAAUAGAGCUGCCAGAGUUAUUACGGAUAUGAACAAUGUCGUAAAUCAUUCUAUUGCUUUACGUGCUCUAGGCUGGGAACCACUCAAAACAGAAAGGAAGAAAGCUAAGGCAAAAAUGAUGUAUAAAGUGUUAAAUAAAAUGAUGUAUAAAGUGUUAAAUGAAUAUGAUGUUUGUGAUGUUACUCUGAGUGUAUAUCCACACCGGGCGAGCUUGAAAAAUAUGCCCGGCCACGGUGGGAAUCGAACCUACGACCUUUGGAAUACUAGCCCAAUGCUUUGCCAACUGAGCUACUCAGAGUAACAUCACAAACAUUAUAUUCACCUGAGUACACAACACCAACACAGAAAAAAAAGCUCCUAAUAUCUUCUUCAUGGAAUUUUUUCUAUUUUUGCACACGCCCCUCGUGGAAAUCAGUCUCGGUUGACGGGGUUAGCGUGUAUAAAUAAAGUCUAUCUAUCUAUCUAUCUAUAUAUCUAUCUAUAGUAAAAGUAGCCGCCAUCUUGAAAACCUCCCUCUCGUCCAUUCCCUUUAGCAACGACCCUACUAUAUAGAUUAGCUUGCAAUUUGCGAGCUAAUGUGCUCGACGUUUCGAGCAACGGCGUCUGGAAGUUAUGAAGGUCCUUCGCUUGAAACGUCGACGUUCUCAGUUAUUUUUGAAGUAGUUGUAUCGCGCGUACGCACAAGCUCGCAAAUUGUAUUCUUCCCUAUCUACCAGUACACAUGAGCAUUUCAAACAAAAAUAUAGCUUUUAUUGUCAAAAUAUUGUCAAUUCUGGUAUACAUUCUGCUUAGUACGAAGUCUUUGUAGCUUGAUGCAAUUCAUUUUCGUAUUGUGACUAUCGUUAGGCUACCUUUUUUUAACUUUUUUGGAAGAUUUUUUAGUUCACAUUUCACCACAAAAAAAUAAAUUAGCUUACGCCGUUUGUUUUAUCAAGAUAGUCAUUCUUUUUAAGGUUGAUUACUGGAGGGCGGGAUGGUCGGUUAAAAAUUUGGAAUUACAACAAUGGGCAUUGUCUCCGAACAUUACAAAAAGGUAAGUAAUAUAAAGAAGUACUUUAUGGAUUCAAAAGUACUGUGGAAUCCAAAUGAAUAUUUUCAACACCUGAUGAAAAUGCGAUCUUUUCAGAUACCGACAGCGAUGAAGUGACAUCAUUAACAUAUGUUGUAAUGAAUAGAAAUAAGUACGUCUGGAGUUUGUUAGUAUUUAUUUCACCUUGCAAAUAUAUUUAUAACUAAUGAAAACUUUAUAUUCUAUACUGUCUGACAGUGUAAUUUUCUCUAAUCUUUAAGGAUCUUUUGCAAUUUUCUAUUUCUUGUAGAUAUAUUAUAUCCGUUGGGUGGGACAGAACAAUAAACGUUUUUCUCGUAAGUACAAUGUUUCCACUUUACUAUUCAAGAUAAGGAUGCUGAGUCAAGUGAUAAAUCUAAUUUUAUAUCUAACCUACAGGACGAUACAUCAGACUUUCAUCAUGUACAACGACCAUAUAUAAGAUGGGAUGAUGACUUGGUGAGUUCUCUCAAAACGAUUCACCUUUUUAUUUCCAGCUGGAAGUUCUUUGUACAGAGAAAGAUGUAUAUUCUCGGACAUAUUCACUACUCACGUUUAAGCCCCAUGCACCAGGGGCCGGUUGUAUAAAACUCUUAAUCACUUUUUAAUCACUAUUUUGUAGUUAAAUAGUGAUUAACUCUCAAAUACGCGCUUCUUAUUGGAUGACGUUUCCACUAACUAUAGUUAACUUUAACCACUUUUUUAUACAACCAGCCCCAGGGUGUUAGCUACAGUCAAAAAUUCCGCGUUAAACGCGGUUUUCCCAAUUACCUUGAGGCCACAAUUUCCCAAUUUGGGUCAGCCAAAAAAUAUAGUUAUAGAAAUUCAAUGUUGUUAAUACGCCAUUAAAAACAUGUUCAUAACUACAUUUGCUCAAAAUUACUCCCAAAAUUCGGGAAAUGCCAUUUCAAAGACACAAAAAUUUUAAAAAUCGAGAGGGGGCAACCGCAUGCCUCCAGACCCACAAAGAAAUGCCCUCCUUCAGGCUAAAAUAAAUUUCCCAAUUUCAGGUAAACGCGGAUUUUUUUUACUUCUGGCUAACAUUCUGUAACAGACAAGAAAGUUUUCCUUGACAAUUUUUCCUCGUGUGUACGGCAACAAAUUGACAAUUUUUCCUUGCCAAGGAGCCUUGUUCCAAAGCUUGUCAUGCCAGCUUUUGAACAAGGAAAGUUUGUUCCUGUGUAGGCUGCCAAGGAAAGUUAACUUGACAAGUGUACAUGAAAGAUAUACUUCUAUGGUCUUGGCAAACAAAAGGCGGCACACAAGCAGUCAUGAAACAUGUCAAGGAAAACUUGUUGGCAGUACACACGAGAAUUAAGGUAAACUUUUUAAAGAAACUUGUCGAGGAAAACUUGCUCGUCUGUACGCGGCUUUAAAUAAAUUAAUGCAAUUCCCGAACAAAUUACAUCCAUGACCAAACGUUUCGACACUCUGGUCAAGUGUCUUUAUCAGCGGUAAUUUAAAAUGGCACCUAUUCACACGAGAGAUGACGUCUCGGAAAAUGUUUUUAAACAGGUAACAUAUUAGAAUAUGUAACCUGGUUGCCAUGAACUGGAAACAGAUGAAUUUACUUCCAAAGCGUAUAUUCGUAUAUUCAACUUACUCUAACUAAAAAACGUAUGAAAACGUUUAUUUAGAAAACAGCUAAAAGACGUUCUGAUCGAAAAUCUUCAACCUUCGUCGGUUAAAAGAUUAAAAGCUAUACAAAGCCGUUACAGCUUAAAUAUGUUUAAAUGUUUAGAAUGUCUGUGAGAUCGUUGCCAGCGAUCACAGCGAAAAAUACAUAUUUUUAAUAUGAAUACUUGACUACAGUUUUAGUAUAUUUUGUUCUAACUCCUUCUCUAUAUUAUCUUCCUACUGUAGACGAAUGGUCAUAAGGAAGACAUUUUAUCUGUGGUUUCAUGUCCACCUAAUUUGUUAGCUACAUCCAGUUUUGAUGGCGAGGUCAGUUUUCAUUGGAUUUUUUCUGCUUUACUUCAAGGAUUAUUUUGGAAACUAUGCUGAUAUGUUUUAUAGGUAAUCGUUUGGAAUAUGGUAUCCGGACAUAUAUUUUGCCACAUUCGUUCUCCGUUUCAAGUGAAUAAAUCAGAAGGUAAUAGACGUCCUAUCGCGGUUUCAUACCAAAUUUGUUCAUAUGCUCAUUUCCAGCUGCCGGCCACAACUUACAUGAAUAAACACGCUAGGGUGGGUUUUUACAUGUGAUGGAGGUAUCACGGGUGUAUUUAUAAAAUUGCUACCCUUUGUCGAGUUAAACUGCUUUGACAAUCUGACCAUCGCAUAUUUUACAGUUAACUACUAUUUUGUAGUUAAAAAGUUGGGUGCUAAGUAUUUCUUAAUUGUUGUAUGACGAAUGCUCUAUAUAUUGACUCACUAUUGAACACAUCACGAAUACAUUUACAACAAAGACAAUUCCUUCACAUUUAUUGCACACGUCAUAGUCAUAGACUCUAGCUCGAGGAAUGGACGAAUCAUUGUGAAACACACUGUCUGUUCAUUUGUUUAUUUCUACCCAGGUGGCGGACCAAAUGCUGUUAGUUCAUUGGUAUUCUUGACGUCCAGAGCUGGAAAGAAAUCCUCAGCAAUGCUUGUUACCAGUGGACCACAAGGUCUGAAAUAGGCUUAUACUACCUAUACACUUUAUAAAGCAUACUGUGAAGAAAAUAAAUCGAUAAUGAAACCAGCCUUUACUUAUCGUGUAGAUUGUCCUGUUCUGUUUAUCGUUUCAUUAUUUAAAAUAAUUGUUUGAAAUAUCUUAAACAACAUUGUUUCCUGCUUGCUAUAUAUAUAUAUAUAUAUAUAUAUAUAUAUAUAUAUAUAUAUAUAUAUAUAUAUAUAUAUAUAUAUAUAUAUAUAUAUAUAUAUAUAUAUAUAUAUAUAUAUAUAUAUAUAUAUAUAUAUAUAUAUAUAUAUAUAUAUAUAUAUAUAUUGUUGAAGUAAGUUGAGCAUGAUAUCUGAAGAAUAAUCAAGGACAAAGUUUGUUAUCUGCCGAAGCUGAAAACCGAGGUGGAUAGCACAAACUGAAGCUUUUCAUGCAAAAACGAAUCCAACAAUUGUUUUAUUACUUAUUUUAUAAAAGGUGUAAUUGACAUCCGCAUUUGAGGGUUUAAAUUCUUCAAAAUAAUUAUGAUAUCUUCAGCUUAGAAUUGCACGUAAUAUUUGUUCUUUUCUUUCAAAUGUAUGUCACAAAAUAUCUUUCAAUGCCUUAAGUCAAUAUUUGUUUUAUUAUUUUUCUUUUUGUUUGCUCAGUUUCUUAUUUUAAAUUUUCUAUAAAAAUCUACAGCCGAAGUGGGCCGAAGUUGAUGUCAUUAGUUUUGUUUGUCUUAUCAAUGAGAUGUUUGAUGUUAUAGGCAUUGUUCACUUCUGGAAUGUAUACAAUGGCGGAUCACUUUAUGGCACUAUAUUACCGGUAAAUAUUUUUAAUUCCUAUCUGAGGUACGAAAUGGCACUGGCUUAUAGUGCUUUGUUUUAUAUUUCAGUCAAAUUUUGAAGUCACCACGAUGAAGACCGAUAAAGCUAACACGAUAUUAAUAACCGCUGACCAUGGAGGUACGUACGGUAUCUGCUUUCUUGCAAGAACCCAUGGUACUAUAUAUCUUGCAAGAACCCAUGGUACUAUCUUGUAAGAACCCAUGGUACUAUCUUGUAAGAACCCAUAGUACUAUCUUGUAAGAACCCAUGGUACUAUCUUUUAAGAACCCAUGGUACUAUCUUGCAAGAACCCAUGCAUGGUACUAUCUUGCAAGAACCCAUGGUAUCUUGCAAGAACCCAUGGUACUCUGCCUCCAUACAACACCUUCUAUUUUCGUUGCAGGAUUUGUAACUAUUUGGGAUUUACAAAAUUAUUGUUUGUACGAAAAGUCUGAUGAUCCACCUCAACGUAAGUUUUAUGGUUUAAAUUAUAUGACAUACGAAAUUGCAGAAACUACUAAAUAGUUUAGAAAACAUUACAGUAAAUUCAAAUGUUGUUGAGAGAUAAUUCUACAUGAUCUAAAUUCAUCCAAUGUACAUUUCAACCAAAGAAAUAUUUCAUAACGAUGUCAUUAGGCAGAUAAGAGAGGGCAUAUCGAAGUGAGCAAAACAAACCAGCUUUUGGCGCCGUCUUUAUAAAAAAAGAGUUUACUUUAGUAUUCUAGUACUCCAAUACGUUAUAUUGAAGUGUGUUUAAUAAAUCCAAGUUUAUCUCUAUUUUAGGUAUCAAGGGUUGGAGGGCACAUGUACAAGAAAUCACAAGGUGGAAAAAAUUUAGCACUGUAUAUACUGUAUUAUUGUAAGACAAGAUUAUUUUUCCAGAGUGAUCAACAGGAUAUAAUACAGCCCACAACAGCCCAAAUAUAGGGCUUUACUCGAUAAGCUUUACCCUCUGUCAGCUGGCAAGCCAUGGGUCCCAAAUGUUGCAGCUUAGGCCCAUGUCUCCAUAUACGGGCUUGGGUGAUGCAGUCGUCAAAGGAAACGCCUUUCAUCUCUUAAAUCGUUGGUUCAUUUCUCAUUGGAGACUCACGACAGUUGUGUGAGAAAAGUUAGUCAACGCUCUACCGGUUUCCUCUUACAGUGAAUGUUGACAGAGUCCGUUGAGAAAUAUCCCAAACUACUGUAAUCCAUCCAUCGUAGCUCCUUGUUGAGACAUGAGUCAUCAGCCAGAGACUGCCAUCAACCUCGAUCAAGUUCAACUCGAUCAGGUUAAACUGCGUCCUUCUACAACUAAAUAAAUGUAAAGGACCUGUUCUUUUUCUCCACGGUCAUGCGUAUUUUUUCUUUUGUUUUGGUGUUUUCCAGUUUGGAUAUUUCUGAAGAAUAUGAUGCCUUGCUGACAUCAUCUGUAGAUUGCACAGUACGAAUGUGGACAUUAAAUGGACAUUUCGUAGGUAAGAGAUGUUAGCUUCUGUUUUCAUACAAAAUUUACUCAAUUGAUUAAAUAAUCUUAUGCACCUACUGUACAUUUCAAAAAGUUUCUAACUAGCUUUGAGAAUGUUAAACAAUUUGAAAACAAUCCAUCUCCCAAUGUUGGAAAAUCAUUAACAUUGUAAGAGUUGAUACACUGAGGAAUAUAUUUCAAGCAACCUACGAUUGUUUCGGACAGAUAUAGCAAAAUCCACGAAUCCUCAUGCACGGGCCAAUAGGAAGCUACUCAGUGAAUAAAUAAUGCGAGACAAUUUGCACGAUACCACACUCUGUACCCUGUAAACAGUAUGCUUCAUUCCAAGAUUUUGUUGACAUCUCGCUCCAUUGAAUAAUAGUUGAAGGGUAUUGUAGAUGGAUUAUCGAGUGGAAAUUUACAUAGAGAAUAAUACAUGGGUGCGCGGAAAUACCAGAUUUAUUUCGAGUGUUGAGAUAUCAUGUUCAACACGAGAAAUAAACCUGGUAUUUCCAAGCACCCAUGUAUUUUUCUGUUUAUUAUAUAAAGGACAGUCUUUGAAAAGCGAUAAUUUUUACAGAAAAGCAAUAAUUGAAAAGCGAUAAUAUUCACAUGUGAGACUAUCAUGAAUAAUCUCACAUGUGAGAUUAUCACUUUUAUCAGUGCUCGAAAUCUCUAUAAAGCAUUAUACUUUAUAUAAUAAAUACAUUUGUUAGAUCUAACCAGGAACAACUGCGAAAAAUGCAACUUUAGGUCCCUGGCAGAAAUCGAACCUGCGGCCUUGCGAUUCAGGGGCAGCGCUGUAAUCAACUGAGCUACAGAGGCCAGUUGUUGAGCUCUAACCACAAGUUCGUGUAUAUAUAUACUAGGUUGAUAUUUACACUUAAAAUAUCAUUAAUAAUUCAUAAACCUUUUGGAAAAUUAUGUCAGCCAUAAUAUGUCACGUGGAGUGACUUUAUAUCUGAUAAAACACAUGUGGCAUUAUAUAAUUGUUCAUCCUAAUUAGCAUGAUUAUAUAAUGUUCAUCCUAAUUAGUAUUCUUUUGUAGUCGUAUUUUAAAAGCUAUUCAAAACACUCGUCGUCGUGUUUUAUCAGAUAUAAAACGCGAGGCGCAAAAACACUCCUACUCAUGUUUUAAAUAGUACAUAACAUACAUGUGACAGUACCCUAGUAUAUAUACAUGAAUUUGUGGUUAGAGCUCGACAACUGGCCUCUGUAGUUCAGUUGGUUAGAGCUCGACAAUGGCCUCUGUAGCUCAGUUGGUUAGAGCGCUGCACCGGAAUCACAGGACCGCAGGUUCGAUUCCUACCAGGGACCUAAAUUUGCAUUUUUCGCAUCUGUUCCUGGUUAGGUCUAAUAAAUGUAUAUAAAUUUCUACUUCAUUUCAACCUUUCUAAGGGAUCUACUAAAGUAAACAUGAUUGUCAACUUGUCCUUUUUCUAAGGAACAUUUGGUCAACCUAAAAUGUGGGAUAUUCAUCAAGAAGUAUCUUUUCAACAUCCCAUGGUACCCUAUGAUGUUCUGGUUGAUCCUCAAAGUAUCCCUAAACAUCCCAUGUUUGAGGGUGAUGACGAGUUGGUUGACGUCAUUGACGAUGAUGAAGAUCUGGAUGGCGAACAUGAAAUGGAAACUGUGGGUGCUGGAAAAGACGUAAGUUGGUUCAUUUCGAUUCUAAGUUACCUUUGAAAGCAUCAGUAUUGUUUUGUGGAAGAGUUUGAAUCAGUAUUUUUCAGCUUCUGUAUGGAAACCAUUUUCACAAAUCACACCUUUCAAAUACUUCAUUGACGAUGUCUCACCUUUUUUUUACAUACAUGUCGAUACAGUGAGUCUCCGACGGAUGUAUGUCAAGAUACGCCGUUCAGGAGUAAUAUAGUUAAAGGGUUUUUGUAGAUGGAAAUUUCGAGUAAUUUUCGCAGCUAGUUGCAUUUAUCACAGCUGCUCCUGGUUGGGUCUGAAAAAUGUAUAUAAUCGUCCGCUCGAAAUUUUUCCAUUGACAAAAACCCUUCACCUGUCAGUUCUCUCGAGCUAGAUGUCCAAAAUCUAGUUAUUUAUAACGUUCGUUUUAGUUUGUCCACUAUAGUCGCAAUUCAAAGGUUAAGGGUGCAAAAAAAAAACUGCCAAGUUGGAUGUCGUUUUUGGUGAAUCCGGUAUCGUGUAACAGGCCCCAGAUAAUUUCACCAUUGUGCUGAGCUUUAUUAACAGAUAACAUUCUUUCUUCAGCCCAACAUGCUCAGACGACAUUCAAUCAGCGGUGAAUAUCCUGCACAGAGGUAUGAAACAGUUAGUUUGAAUCGUUUCUAAUAUACACACUUAGUACCUUACUUAAAAGAAGAUCAAAUAGCCAAUAGAUAAAAUCUCUUUUUGGUUGCGACCAUUCUCUAAGGCGAUUUAUCCCGUUUUCGCCCUACUUUCUAGUGAAGAUCACACGUCACCAUAUUUAAUGUUACAUAAAAAACCUCCGGCUAGAAAGCUUAAGGAGUUUCAGAAGCAGCUAAUUAUCUUAUCGAUCAAGUUUCACUAUUAGACCUAUAUACAUUAUUUUCGUUUAGCUUUGAUGAUCAGGAGAUUGCCAAGGAACUAAAAGAUAGAAUUUGGAAGAACGGAAUGGGAAAACGGUUGGUAUAGUCAAGAAAUAUUUUCAGUCCAAUAUCUCGAGAUUUGAGUUAUAGAGUUUGGUUUUACUUUCAGCUUAACGACUUCACUAGUUCACUAGUUCACUAUAUCUUAGCUUAAUAGCUUAUAUCUUAACUUCUGCCUGAAGGUCCAUGUACACUUGCAAUUCGUGCUGCGAUUUCUAGUGCAAUUUUCUUCUAAUGCAUGUGCACGAGCUGAUGAGUUACGAAUGAUCUGAAUAUAGUCAACCUCAUCUAAAUAAUUCCUAACUCGUUCACAUCCAUCAGACGAAAAUCGCAUCUAAAAUCGUAACAAAAGUUGCAAGUGCAAGUGGGCCUUAAUACUGCAUGGGGACCAGUUCUCACGUCACGACACAGCGUCCAUGCUCCAUAGAUAUCUUAUAUACACUAGAUAGUGCAUCUAAUUAUUCUGCAAUUCAAAAAUUGAAGCCGUGAUUGCAGAUUCAGGAUAUUCCCAUGAAAUGAGAAGACUCGUAUGUUUUCUAUUUCUUAAACAGGGAACUUAAACAUUAAGUUAAACCUAUUCCAAAGAUAUUUUCAAACUUUUCAAAUGAUGAAAGUUAUUGUUGUUUUUUAAGCGUUUAUUAGCGAGUGGGAAACUCCAACAUGGCCGCCAUCUAUUCAAAUGGGGGUAACCGCUGGAAUAUUGUUGGCUUCAAUUUUACUAAAAGAGAUGCGUUAUCUAGUUUAUAUAAGAUAUCUAUGCCGUUCUCUGGUGACAAUCACAGUAACAAUAUAGUCAAAACAAAACAUAAUUUGGGAGAAUUUUAUAUUUUUGAAUGGGUGAAGUGUGUCACUGUUUAAAUAAAACGGAACAAUAUACGUCUGGGGGUCCCCCAGUAUUUACAGGAAGUUAGUUUAUAGUGUAUGAAGAAUUGGUGCAUGUAAAUGUAUGGUAUUUCACUAUAUAUGUCAUGUGUUCCACAGGCUUCGUCAUGAAAGAUUACGAAAAAAACCUCAAGCUACAGACGGUCCCAAUGCUUAUCAAUCACUCACAUGUUAUGACCUUGAAGUAACCCCUCCAAUCCCCCCGCCACCUGAUACAUCCUUCAUUAACGAUCCUUUUGAUAUCAAGUUUUAAACACAGUCCAUCAAGACCACGAUAAAUGGUAUCAAUAAUGACAUUAGAUGUUAUGAACUAGUGUAUAUAAACAAGUUAUUUAUUACAGUGAACUUUUACUAUUUGUCCAACCAAUCAUCCUUCAUGGACACCUGCCCUAUGGUCGAUAUUGUAUCUGUCUGAAAUAACAAACUUUAGUGUUUUUUUCACUUGGAGUAAAGUUAGACCUUACCCGAUAAUGCCACACGAUGCAAUUUGUAGUUUUCGAACGAAGGUAAAUUUGCUCGUAAACUUUGAAAGUCUUGAUUUUUUCGAGUUUUCAAUUUUUUUGUCUUCAAAUUAACUAAACGUCAAAAUGCGAAAUCACCUCAGUCAAUGCUUUCUAGUCAGACUCGGUGACGUCUGCUUGACGAAGAGUCUGUUCGUCAAAGCGUUGAGCGGUGUUAAUAUGGUUAAAUUUCACUAUUAGAUUAUUGUAGGGAAAAAGUUAAAGUAACCACCAGGAAUAUUAAGUUAACCCAAAUAUUUUUUUAAUGUGCUUUUGGAGUAUACAGUUAUUUCAGUGAAGGUUGUCCCAAACAUAGUUAUCAGCACGUGUUGUCGCCAAUAAUUAAAUGCAAACAUAAGCUAUUAUAUGGGGCCGUUUGCAUGUUUGAAUGCUGGUUAACUUAACUCUUGGUUAAUAAAAUUCAAAGCAAACUUCCCAACAGCUUGUUGAUAAACUUCGAAAUAUUUCUUCAGAAAUCUUGUGUGGAUCAAUUGGUGUUUUCUUUCCGAAAUUUUGAAAUAAACGGAUGUGUACAAAAUGCAUAAGCUAGAACAGCAGGUUAAAUUUUAACCCAAGAUUAGCGCUAAUCCAGCUUUGAACAACCAGCCCAUGGUCAUAGGCUACCGAAACAGUAGAAUCUUGCUGUUUGCGCUUGGAUUGUAUACAUUUGACUUUGGCAACCUUAACUGAAAUAGAAAAUCGGCUAAUCCUUAUGAACAUGUUUUCUGCAUAGUUGUUUUUUUUAUUCAAAGUGAUUAGUGAACUCGUUCCUUAAAAAGCUGAUUUCUUCAAUCACAAAGCCUCCUCAUUAGGUACAGUUUAUUAUAUAGUAGAGAGUGAGAUAUGAAAAAUACACAGCGAGAUAUUUUCCAUAUCUUCACUCGUGAAGAUAUCGAUCACGUGACGUUUUCCGAUUUGCUUUUGAGCGUGAAAUUUCACAAUUUUUUGCUUGGGACUAUAUAAUAAACAACAUUACACGGUGGCUUGAAGAUAUGACUUUUAUCUUCUCGUGUCAAAAACAAUAUUUUACUCACUCGCUGCGCUCGUUCGUAAAAUAUUGUUUUCACCACUCGAAGAUAAAAGUCGUAUCUUCGCGCCGCCGUGUAAUAUCCUCUAUUUAUUAUUCAAUGCUCAAAAUAGCCGUAUACUCCAUAAAGAAUUACUAACGUGCAUACCUACACUUUGUAGCAUUCAUUCCUAAUUAUUUAUAAGUGUAUAAAAAUUAUUGUAAAAUGUGUACAGUAUUCAGUACUUAUUACCGUAUACAGUAGUCAGUAAUAUAAAUGUAAUAAGGUAUUUAUUUGAAGAUUUAAUAUAAUGUAAAAAAAAAACAUGCAUACAGUAUAGCCUAUAUAUUUUACUACAUAUUGCAUAUAUUGAGACCCAAAAGAAAUUAUAGCAAUUUUUCAUCACAAAAUCGUUUUUGCCUGGACGAUCCGUAGCUCGGAAGUGAUAUAGAUUAUAUAAUCUAUAUCACUUCCGAGCUACGGAUCGUCCAGGCAAAAACGAUUUUGUGAUGAAAAAUUGCUAUAAUUUCUUUUGGGUCUCAAUAUAUGCAAUAUGUAGUAAAAUAUAUAGGCUAUACUGUAUGCAUACUAUAUAUAGUUGUAUUUAUUUAUAAUGUCCAUAUUAUAAUCUAAUAACCGC